UUUGCAUUUCACUUCAUUUCAAACUACAGUAGCCUGGAGAGUCCUAAAAGGUUGGCUUUCGCGUUUUCUAUUUACCUCACACUCGUAUCACAUUUCAUGUGAUUGUUGAAGGGCGGACGGAGUGCAAUGUUUAGCUAUGGGGUAAAUUCGGUCAAAUAUGUGUGCUGUAUGCGACCGAGUGGUGACAUAUUUGCCCAUUAAUCUCCAUUUAAAUUACUUUACCACUUGAGGCACCGCUAAACUCAUAAAUUAUUUUCAUGUCUUAUUUUCAGUUAAUUUUAUGUAGCUAGCACAGAGCUAACUAUCAUGGACAUGAACGGAGAUUUUUAAAAAUACAAACAAGUGUGGGGUUGCUCUGUUUCGCUUUGGAUCUGAUAGUUUUCGCCUCGUUAUUCGGCAGCAUUUGAUCUUGGACAUCUACAGAGGCCUGGAAAUGGAUCCAGCGGGUUUGCGUGAGAGUCCCGCGGGUUAUGGAGAACCUUUAGUGGAGGAAAAGAGUGGAGAAGAAUCUGUUGGAGACCAAACAGAGGACGUGAACGAUGAUGGCAGAGAGGCUGAUGGGGAAUCCGAGAAAACAGAAAUAGAAACGGAAAAUAAAGACUCCUACAGAUCUAUAUGCGAAGAGGAAAAAAAGACGCAUGGAAAACGACCUGAGGAGAAACUAGAUCCCAGAAUCCUGGAGGAACUAGAGCAUCUAAAUGAGGCUAGCGAGGAGAUCAACAAGUUGGAACUGGAGCUGCAAGAGGUUCGAGCCAGCCACAGGAGGAUUAUGAGUGAAUCUGUGCUUAAACUCAAGACAAUGAAUUCAGAACUGGGGUCCUGUAUCAAAAAGGCCAGGCCUUAUUAUGAGGCACGAAGGAAAGCAAAAGAGGCCCAGCAGGAGACCCAGAAAGCAGCGCUCAGCUUUGAGAGAGCGGCCUCCAUGCACUUAGCUGCUCGGGAGAUGGUCCAUGUGGCUGAACAAGGCCUCACUGCAGUCAAGACGCUGGAUCCAACCUGGCAAGAGAUGCUGAAUCAUGCCACAUCAAAGGUGAACGAGGCAGAAGAGGAGCGCUUGAAGAGUGAACAUGAGCACAUGCGUGUCACUCAGCAGUGCCAGGAGGCCGAGGCUCACAUGCAGCAGCUGCUAAAGUCUCUGAAGAGAGCCAUCAUAAAGUCCAAGCCUUACUUUGAGCUCAAGGCUCAAUUCAAUGACACUCUAGAGGAGCACAAGUCAAAGAUUUUAGAGUUAGAGGAGCAUAUUUCCAAAGCCAAGGUAAACUACUCCAGCACUCUGCGCCAACUGGAGCAAAUCAGCGAGGAGAUUCACGCCCAGAGAGAGCAGGAUCAACCAAAGGAUAAAUCAAACAAAACAUAUGGUGGGCGGAGCCCUCCAGUAGGAGCAGAGACAAACAGCAGCACAGAGACUGAAGGUGGAGCCUCUGGAGACUACAGACCAAGUGACUGGGUAGAUGGUAAAGAGGGUGUGGCUAAUGCCAUGGAGUGGGUGGAGAGACAUCGAAUCUCCAAGUGGGGGGAGAUGGAAACCGCUGAGAUGAAGAGAUCUGAUUCGAACUCCCUUUCCAGUGUCAGCUUGCAGACCAUCAUCUCAGAUCUUGGAAAGUGUGACUCAGUUGAACAUCUGGGUCAUUUAAGUAGUGAUGUUAGUCUUUCAGGGGAAGAGGGGGAGGGUACGGGGGGAGUAAGGCAAACAAAUGUAGACAUUUUAGAAGAGUUUCUCAAACAGCACAACAGAAGUGUCAGUUUGUGAGUACAUACAUCAGUUCUGUCCAUUUAAUUUUUUUGUUUUGACGCUUUACUUACACGAAGACCUUUGUUGAUUUAAUGACUGACAGAAGUCUUAUUAUUAUUAUUAUUAUUAUUUAUUGUUGAAAUUUAUUUUUAUCAAUACUUGAAAGUUGAAAACCGAGUAGACCAGAAUAGAAUGAAAUGUAUAUAUUUUUUAAAACCAAGUACCCAACCCUCACAUAAGGUUAUCGCAUUUGGGUAUUUCAGAUCAAGUGGACAAAGACUGACAAUGAUAAGGCAAGUAAUCUCUGCUAUCACUUUUUUGUCUAAUCAACAUAUCACACAAUCCCAUUUCAUCCUAACAAGAACCAAGUUUUUCUAUGCAAAUGUAUAAAACAGUGUCUCAUAUGCUGACUCUUUAUUAUAGUCUCUAUAGCUGACUUAAUAAUAAUAAUAAUGCAAGGUAAUUUCGCUCUGUACUCAUCAGAUUUUUCAAACUGCAUGUGAACUUACUGACACAAUCAUACUCUCUGAAGGAAUAAUGCUGCCUAUGAUUAGCUAAUGCAGUUGUCUAAAUAUAUACUAUUAUUUUUCUCUCUCUUUAUUUUAAUUUAAAAUCAAUUUACUUUUGAAAAUAUUUAUGCCUUUUUUCUUAUGCUGACUUUGAAAUAGUGUUUCACGACAAGUGCUUUGGCUGGAUACCUUAACCCAAUACUACCAUAUAUUUUCAAAAACAUGCUUAAAUUCGUAAAAAGUUUAGGGUCACUUAUUCUUUAUUUUUUUUCUCCACAUUUUAGAAUAAUAGUAAAGUCAUCACAACUAUGGAAUAAUAGAAAUGGAAAUAUGGGAAUUGUGUUGUAACUAAAAAAAUUCAAAAUAAAUCAAAACUUUGUUAUAUUUUAGCAUCUUCAGUGUAGUCACACUUUGCCUAGAUUUUGCAGAAAUGUACUAUUGGCAUUUUCUCAACCAACCUCUUGAGGUAUCAGCCUUGGAUGCUUUUUAAACAGUACUGAAGGAGUUCCCAUCUAUAUGCUGGGCACUUAGUGGCUGCUUUUCUUAAUUAUUCGGCCCAAGUCAUCCAUUUCAAAAACUUUAUUUUUUUUAAAUAAAAUUUUAGUUUUGUAAUUAAAUAAAAUAAUAUGUUAGCACAAUUAUAUUUUUGUCUACAAAACUAAUUUCAAACAUUUAAGCAUACGCCUUCAGAUCAAAAGGUUUUUAAGAUCAUGGGAAACAUUUCAGGCAAGUGACCCCAAACUUUUGAACGGUAGUGUAUAUGCAUGCAUAAGGCAUGCUUUUAUGCUUGUCUAGUUAUUUUAACUGCACUCACGCCUUUUUUUUUUUUAAACUUUAUUAUAACAAAAAUACUGAUUUUAUGCAGUUGGAGAAAUUAAGCACUGAAUGAUUUUAGUUCUCAGUGCAGGGUUUGUAAAAUGCCUGCCACAAACAUUUGAUGUUUUGCUAUUAAGGACAAUCAAUAGUUUUCAGAAUGUAUUUUUCUUUUACAUUGUGUCUCAAACUUUUUUACCUUUGUUUUCACAGCAUUUUUUCCAUCUGAUGGAAAAGUGUAUUUAGUGAGUUUACACGUCUUUGCUACUGUAAACAUCAGUGUGAGAGAAUUGGAUGCCCAUUAUUAUUUUUCUUAACUAGUGUUCUGUAUGAAGAUGUGCACAGUGGUAACAUAUGCAAUAUUAGAUUCAUAUGACUUUGUGGAUUUUUAUUUUCUUUUUUUAACUAAAUUUAAGGCACGUCAGUACUGAGACAUGAAAGUCACAUGGUAGGAAUGUACUUAUAUCUUUACAUGUGUGAUGUAAUUAGAUAUACACUCAUUGAGCACUUUAUUAGGAACACUAUGGUCCUAAUAAAGUGCCAGACGUGGUCUCCUGCAGUUGUAGCCCAUCCGCCUCAAGGUUCUAUGUGUUGUGCAUUCUGAGAUGCUAUUCUGCCCACUACAAUUGUACAGAGUGGUUAUCUGAGUUGCGGUAGCCUUUCUGUCAGCUCGAACCAGUCUGGCCAUUCUCUGUUGACCUCUCACAUCAAUAAGGGUUUUCUGUCCAUAGAACUGCCACUCACUGGAUGAUUUUUGGCACUAUUCUGAGUAAACUCUAAAGACUGUUGUGUGUGACAAUUCCAGUAGAUCAACAGUUACAGAAAUACUCAGACCAGCCUGUUUGGCACCAACAAUCAUGCCAUGAUCAAAAUCACAGAGAUCAAAUUUUUUCCCCAUUCUGAUGGUUGAUGUGAACAUUAACUGAAGCUCCUGACCCAUAUCUGAAUGUUUUUAUGCAUUGCAUUGCUGCCACACGAUUGGCUGAUUAAAUAAUCGCAUGAAUAAGGUGGUGUACAGGUGUUCCUAAUAAAGUCCUCAGUGAGUGUAUAUAAAAUUUUACCUUCAUAAUAGUCACGAAGUUGAAGUUUUAUUUUCAGUGUAAUAUAGGCCAGGGUAACAAAUUUUAAGUUUUCUGUUCUUAUUAUUGAAAAAUAAGUAUAUUUAAAGAUGCACAUCAUGUUGUCUUUUAGAGAAAUCUAAAAAUAAAAGUAGUUGGUGUUGCAGCUCCAUUGUGUUUGAGUUGAAACCUGACUUGACACAAAAAGUACCAAAUAUUCCUUCCCUGUUUUUCAUCAUCCAGGCUAAUCUUAAAAAUAAAAACAAAUAACCAGGCUAAAGGCACUGACCCAUUCCUCAGUGUUAUUCAGAUGCUGUGAACUAGAAUAAGGGCGACAUCUGCAGUGAUGUCUUACGUGAUGUGAAUAUACUGCCACCUGAAGGUGAGCACACUCUCCUCUGAUAUGAAAAUGAAGCCCCAUCAUAUGACUGAAAUAAGACACUUUGACUGUAAUUUAUUCCCUCUGUAGUCAUCUCUCUGGUCUUUCUCUGGCAUCCUGUCAGCAUUUGCAUUUUACACUGCAUUUGCUACCUUCCAGAGGUAUUUGGAUGUCAAAAUAGAAAAAGCAAGAAACAAAGAGCUGUUGUAAUAUUUUCUUCUUUGGCCUGUUCUUUCUGCAGUUUCACUAUAACUAAAGUCUUUUUUCCAGGUUAUUUGGAUUGUGGCAUUUUUAAUAAUAAUUACAGGGUCCCACAGUCAUGGAAAACCUGGAAAUAUGAGGCAACUUCAAAUUUGUGAUCUCCAGGCUUGGAAAAGUCAUGGCAAUUAGGCAAAUCUUAAAGGGAUAGUUCACACAAAAAUGAAAAUUAUCUCAUCAUUUACUCACCCUCAUCCAUCCUAGAUGUGUAUGACUUUCUUUUUUCUGCUGAAUAUUUCAGCUGUGUUGGUCCUCACAAUGCAAGUGAAUGGUGACCAGACCUUUCAGGCUUCAGAAGUUACAUAAAUGCAGCACAAACGUCAUCCAUAUGACUCAAGUGGUUAAAUCCAUGUCUUCAGAAGAGAUUUGAUAGGUGUGAGUGUCAAACAGAUCAAUAUUUAAGUCCUUGUAAAUUUCCACUUUCACUUUUUCACAUUCUGAAAGUGAGAGUGGAGAUUUAUAGUAAAAAAGGAUUUACAUUUUGAUCAGUUUCUUACCUAAAGUGAUUGGAUAGCUUCAGAAGACAUAUAUUAAACCACUGGAGUCGUACAGAUUACUUUUAUGCUACCUUUAUGUGAUUUUUGGAAUUUCAAAGGUCUGGCCACCAUUUACUUGCAUUGAAAGGACCUACAGAUUAGCUGGAUCGCAGCCUGCAAUGGCUAUCCAUUUUGUUUUACCACAAGGAUGUUAACACAUCCCACAAAUAUCAGAUAUUUAUUUUAUUGAUUUUAUCAAGAAAGAGCAUGAAGUUUAUACAGAAUCGUAGAGAAUUAGAACAUUUUAACAAUAACCUAGAAUACAAAUAACUGAGAGCACAUGAACGUCGCUUGAAAAUGGACUCUUCGAAAGAACUCAUCUCUUCUCAAUUAUUAAAGAGCAAAGUAUAAAUAAAUGACUGUGCCCAUAACGAACAGCUCAGAGGAGAAGACAAUCCUGGAGGAAUGGAAAGCUACUCUAAAAUUAAUAUGAAUGUAGGUGCAUUUGUGUGUAUGUACAUAUAUAUGCUGUCUGUAAAGUACUUUAUAAAGUUUUACUUUAAAGUUUA